AUGAACCCCCAGAUCAACCCACAGUACUUCGUUGACGAAGCGGAGUCGCUCGCGAAUCCCGCAGAGUUCACUUGCGGCAAGCGGCCGGCGCUCGUGAUAACCUCCAAUCGGAAACGAGCCGCGGUCGAGGUCCCCGUGGUGUCUUGGUCGUCGUCGACGUCCUCGGCGAUCCGGGACCUGUCGGCAGCGUCGCCGCUGGCGAUCACUGGGAGCAUCUCCAACACCUGUAGCGACACUAGCAAGCAUCAGACAGGUGGUACGGUUCCUACAUCUGCUAUUUCGCAGAAUCAACAGGCUGGGCAUACCGGAGUCUCACCCGUGCCGUCGUUAAGUUGCUCAGAUAUCGGCGAGAUGGAUCUCGACUUUUGGGACGUUGAAGCGAAGCUCGACUCGAACGGGAUCGCUCAUCCGCAACAGCAGCAGAACCCGACGACAGUUUUGGUUAAUCACAUAAGCAACCCCAACAACUCACAGCUACAGCAGCAAUCUCAACAACUGCGGCAGGUGCAGCUGCAGCAGCAGCAGCAACUUUACGUUCAAGGGAAGGACAGCGUUUCGCCCCCAGCACCCCAGACCUCAUUUCACCAGACCGGCUACUUCCCAGCGCUGCCGGGGGAGCUUUCGCCUAGGAAUAUGGUGAUUCAAGGCAUGCAACCGGCACAACCCCAUCACCAGAUCACGGCGAACUCGCCCGAUGCCAACAACAACAACAGCAAUACGGGAAGCAUCGGAAGCAAUGGGAGCGGCGGAAAUUGUCAGGAGUUCGCGAAACCCAAGAAAGGUCCGCUACCUCGACAGCAGGAGGAACUUUGCCUCGUGUGCGGAGAUCGCGCUUCAGGAUACCAUUACAACGCCUUGACCUGCGAAGGGUGCAAAGGCUUCUUCCGAAGAUCGAUUACGAAAAACCAGACGUACACGUGCAAAUACGGCGAUGUCUGCGAAAUCGAUAUGUACAUGCGGCGCAAAUGCCAACAGUGCCGACUGCGCAAGUGCCUUCGGGUCGGUAUGAGACCCGAAUGCGUCGUCCCGGAAUCUCAGAAUGUCAUGAAGAGGCACAGCAAAAAACGGCCUGAUGAAGCAAAAGAUUCGCCUCCGCUGCCCAUUGAAAGCAGCACCAUCCACAGUAACACCGGUGGUACCACCAUCAUUAAUAACAACCACAGCAGAGACGAGAAGCCGAAUCUCAUGGCUCUGAAUCGUAUGAUGAGGAAGACCCAGCCUCUCACCCCAGACCAGGAGUCGCUCAUCAACAAGCUGGUCUACUAUCAACAGGAAUUCGAGAGUCCCUCACUAGAGGACUUCUCGAAGAUCACCGCCUUCACCCUCGGAGACACUGACGAAGACAAUCAGAAACGAUUCCAGCACAUCACUGAGGUGACCAUUCUCACGGUGCAGCUCAUCGUCGAGUUCAGCAAACGGGUACCCGGCUUCGACACACUUCAGCGCGAAGACCAGAUCACAUUGCUCAAAGCUUGCUCGAGCGAAAUGAUGAUGUUGCGAGGCGCCCGAAAAUACGAUGUCAAAACCGAUUCGAUCGUUUUUGCCAACAAUCAGCCCUACACGAGGGAAAACUACAGAUCGGCGUCUGUCGGCGAUAGCGCGGAUGCGCUGUUCCCAUUCUGCCGGAAAAUGUGUCAACUUCGAGUGGAUAAUGCCGAAUACGCGUUGCUCACGGCAAUCGUCAUCUUUUCGGAGAGACCGAGCCUCCUGGAACCUGAGAAAGUGGAACAGAUCCAGAUGUUCUACACGAACACGCUGCGCAUGUAUUCGGAAAAUCACCGGCAGAGUCAAGGAACGCCGGCACAUUUCGCGAAACUACUCGCGAUUCUGACGGAGCUGCGAACGCUGGGCAGCUUGAACUCUGAAAUUUGCUUCAGUCUUACGGUCAAACAGAACAAGAAGCUUCCACCAUUCCUCGCCGAGAUCUGGGACAUCCAGGCCUAGGACGUGGGACGAAGAGGUGGAAAUAGCGAAAGUCAGUCGGAAUUCAAUGCCCAAAAUACCGCGAGGGAAGAGUACCCUCCGAGGUACUCAGACCACUCGGGACCCCCGGAUGAGAGAUGGUC